AUGACGUCUGAUGAAGUUUGCACUUCAACAUUAAUUCAACCUUGUCGUUAUCAAAUUCGAGAAAAAAUUUUUGCACUUACUAAUAGUUUUAAAAUCAAAGACGAAUUCGGACAUGAUAGAUAUACUGUCAGAUCAAAGAAAUGGACAUUAGGCAAAAAACUUGUACUUGAAGAUAUUAAUGGAAAUGCACUUUUUAAAAUUCGUCAAAAUGGUAUUCGUUUUCUCGAUCAAUUUAAUAUUUUAUCAGCACGUGAUGGGGAUUCAGAUCGACAAAUAGCAUCAAUUAGACAAAAAUUCACCUUUUUUAAACAUAGUUAUAUUAUCUAUUCAAUUUAUGGUGAAUAUAAAAUGAAAGGUCUUGAUAUAUUUGAUCAUUCAUUUACAUUAAAAAACAAAAAUAACAAAACAAUUGCGAUUGUAAAUAAAAAAUAUUUUUCUUUUGCUGAUUCAUAUGGAAUUGAAAUGAUUGAGUCAAAUAAUGAUAAACAACAAGAAGAUCAUGCAUUUAUUUUAGCAUUGAUUAUUGUUUUACAUUGUUCACUUUAUUGUUCAUAA